AUUUUUUGAGAAGAUAUGGAGACAAAUAUGGGUCUUGUCAAGCUGGGAUAUCAACAUUUUACACUGAGGAUUUAAUUAUCAUGGGAGCCCCAGGAUCAGAUUAUUGGGCUGGUUCCAUCUUUGUAUACAAUAAAACAGCAAACAUAUUUAUUUCAUAUCUGGAUGUGAGUCAUCAAAUAAAGUAUGGAAGUUAUUUAGGUUAUUCUGUUGGAGCAGGUCACUUCCUUUCUGCAAGUAGCUCAGAAGUAAUUGGAGGUGCUCCCCAGCAGGACCAGACUGGUAAAGUUUACAUUUUUAAAAUUGAACCCAAACAACUAUCAAUUUUAAGCGAAUUAAGGGGUAAAAAGUUUGGUUCUUACUUCGGAGCUACUGUUUGUGCGGCGGAUCUUAAUGGGGAUGGCCUUUCAGAUUUACUAGUUGGAGCACCCAUGGAGAGUAAAGUCAGAGAAGAAGGAAGGGUUUAUGUUUACCUCAACACAGGUUCUGCAGCAAAGAUGAUGGAGCUGCAGACAGCACUAGCUGGAAGUGAUUUGUAUGCAGCAAGGUUUGGCGAUUCUAUUGCCAGUUUAGGAGACAUUGAUAAUGAUGGCUUUGAAGAUAUAGCCAUUGGGGCUCCACAAGAAAAUGAUUUAGAAGGCUCAGUUUACAUAUACAAUGGCAGAGAAGAUGGAAUAUCACCAACAUUUUCACAAAGAAUUCAAGGACAUCAAAUCAGCAACAGUUUACGCAUGUUUGGUCAAUCCAUAUCUGGGAAAAUUGAUGUAGACAGCAAUGGGUAUUCAGAUGUAGCAGUUGGUGCUUUUUUGUCAGAUUCUGCUGUAUUACUGAGGACAAGGGCAGUAAUUAUCGUGGAAGCAUCCUUAAAGCACCCCGACUCUGUAAACCGCACCAUAUUGGACUGUGUGAGAAAUGGACAACCAGCUGUGUGUGUUAAUCUAAUGCUUUGUUUUAACUAUACUAGCCAAACCAUCUCAGGUUACAUAGUAUUGCUUUAUAAUCUAAGCCUGGAUAUUAAUAGAAGGCCAGAUACUGCAGCAAGAUUUUAUUUUUCCUCUAAUGGAACCUCUGAGGCCACCUCUGGAAGUGUCCGGAUCUAUAGCAACAACAAUUUUACAUGCAGAACCCAUCAGGCAUUCAUGAGGAAAGAUGUAAGGGAUAUUCAAACUCCUAUACGGGUUGAGGCUACCUAUCACCUGGGACACCACGUUUUGAAGAAGAGAAAUGCGGACGAACUCCAUUCACUUCAGCCAGUACUUCAGCAACGGAAGGAAGAUAAUAUUGUGCGUAGCAAGUUUGUUUUUGCAAGAUUUUGUACUCAAGAAAAUUGUUCUGCAAACCUUCAAGUUUCUGGAAAACUUACAUUUCCAAAGCCUUAUGAAAAGAAACCUUACCUUUCAGUGGGAAAUGUGAAACAGUUGACGUUGAAUAUCACCUUGUACAAUGCUGGUGAUGAUGCUUAUCAGACCAGCCUUCAUAUCCAGCUGCCUAAAGGUCUCUAUUUCACCAAACUUGUAGCACAGGAAGAAACACAGAUACAUUUUCAAAUAUCAGAAAAGGAAAGUCAUGGAGUGACAAUUAACUGUAAUAUUGGAUAUAUGUAUGUUGAUCAUCUUUCAAAGGUGGACAUUAGCUUUGUGUUGGAUUCAAGUUCACUCAGCAGAGCAGAAGAUGACUUACACAUCAACAUUAAUGCAACUUGUGAAAACGAAUUAGACCAUGAUCUGCUGUCCGAUAACAGUGUAGUGUUAGCUUUGGCUCAGAAACACGAAGUUGAACUGAACAUUCACGGGUCUGUGUCUCCAGCAUCAUUUAUUUAUGGACCCACCAAAGAAAAAUCACCACUUUCUUGCAUGAAGGAGACAAUCAACAUCACUUUCUAUGUCAGUAAUCCUGGAGUGAGUCUGGCUCCCGAUGUAAAUCUGCUGAUACAGAUACCCAAUUUUUUUCUACCAAGAGAUGACAGGUUGUUUAAUAUACUGGAUGUCAAGACCACUGAUGGACAAUGUACCUAUGAAAGUCAUAGGAGAGACUGUAUUUUACCAGAAGAACGGGGAAAUAUGGUGCAAGAUCUUAUUAUAUUCCUCACAAAACUUGACAAUAGACCACUGUUUUGUAUGAAGAAUGAUCCACUAUGUUGGCAAAUAUUUUGCAAAUUUGGAGACAUGGAGAGUGGAAAGGAAUCAACUGUUAAUGUUCAUCUUGAAGCAACACCUGCACUAUUAAGCAUAGAUGAAGCUUCAGUGCUUACCUUUCAAAUAAAAGGAGAAGUUUCAGCAGAUCAAAAUCCCAGAGUAAUUGAACUCCACAAAAAUAAGCAAACCACUUAUGUCAUUUUGGAGGGACGUCAUAACCAAAAGACAAAACAUAGUGUCAGUGUCUUGCUUAUUUCAAUAGGUUCCCUAUUUGGAAUUGCUUUGCUUUUGCUUCUUAUAUUAGUUUUAUGGAAGGUGGGAUUCUUCAAAAGAAAAUACAAACAUUUUCCUGAGGAAAAAAAUGGAAGUGAAAGUUUGGAGUUUUUUAAACAUAUUAACAGUGAUACCUCAGAGUAGCAAGUUUGGUAGAAGUUAAGAAUUAUCUGCUACAAGAACCGUUAAAUCUUAAGGCCCCAUAUCGUAUGUGAAAGGAAUAGUCAUCAAAAUGGGCUUCCGGAAGCACAAAUCAUAGAAAACUCUGAAGGAUAAAGAUAUUCAAGACUUCUCAUCAAAAGGAAAGAA